AUCCACCUUAGCUUCUUAAAAGUCCAAUACCACAAAAAUAAAAACUUAUCUAUUACAACACAUCAAAAGUGUUUUGAAAUAAAACUAUGAAAACCCUUUAAACAAGAGAAAACAAGAAAAAACACUUUCUUUGAAUUUAAAUACUUUCAAUAUAAAACAAAAUCAACAAUUAAAUAUAACAAGAGAUUAUAUAAAAAUAAUACAACAAAAUCAACAAUUAAAUAUAACAAGCAACUAUAGUCUAUAAUAUUUGAUAUUCAUAUAAAAAUCAACAAUUACAUAUAAGAAGCAAUUAUCCGCGCGAAGCGCGGAAAAAAGAUCUAGUAUAGCUAAAUACACUAUAAUGCUUGUGUGAGUGCAAAUAAUAAUUAAUAUUAACAGUCAUUAAUUUAAUUUGGUUUAUUCAGUGGAAACGAGCUGAAAUUUAUCAUGCAUAAAUAUCGAAAUAAAAAUCUAUUAAUACAAAUAUAAAAUUUUAUGCCUAGAUGAACUAUAUUAUUAGAAUAACGGUAUUCUAACAAGAAUGGUAAUGUUUUAGUCGUAGUCCUCUCUAUUUAAGCUUUGAAUGUUAUGAUUCGCACCGCAUCGCAGUUAACAAUAACAAAAAUCUCUACAUAUACUAUAUAUCUAUAUGUUUUUAUUAUUUUUUUAACCGCACCGCAUUUAUACCGUUUUUUCACACUUCAGAAUCCGCUAUUACCUUUCAAAAUCUUAAAUAGACAGAUUAAUCAAAGAUACAUUUGAUUUUUUCCUACAAUUAGCUAAUGAUUGUUUCAAUAGUCAAAAGCCUAUUUUGGAACAAUAAAGGAUAAUAAUAUUUGACAAAAUCAAGAAUGCAUUAAUUACAUUUGACUAAUUGGCUAUACUGUAUUAUUUAAAUGAUUAUUUCCAUAAUAGAUGUCUAGUUUCUUUUUGUAAUACCUACAAAAUUUUGACCUCAUAUCAAUUUUUAAAUGAAUUUGCUAAUUAAACUGACUGAUUAUUUUAUCUUUAUUUCGCUAAUUAAUUCUUCAAUAGUCAAAAGUCUAUUUAAAAUAAAAUCUGAUAUAUUUUAUUAUAUUCUAUUUAUUGUUUUCUCAUUUAAGCAAACAAUUUUAUUUUAUGUGCUAAAAAGUAAACAAAGUAAAAAAGAACAUCCCUUACCUUACGACCAGUAUAUAGACAUAUAAGUAUGACAUUACUACACCAAAGUCGCCGAAAAGAAAAAUAUCAAACAAAGAAUAUUGAUCAUGGCCAAGUUAUCUUGUUCUUAUUUUCUUGUACUCAUGAUUGUAUUCUCAGUAUGUUUAAUGGUUGAAAAAAUUGAGGGAAAGAUAUGUGAAAUAACGCUUAAAGUAGGAACAGACUGUAUAAGGUUCUUUUGCGCUCAAGACUGCGCCGGGCAAUACUAUGGCGGGCUUGGAUAUUGUUUUGACGAUCCUAAAGUUCCCGGACCUCUUAACUGUCGUUGUAGAUAUGAUUGUUAAAGAGAUAACUUUAUGAAAAGUGGUGAUAAAUAUAUUAAAUAAAUGUAAGGUUUUUGAUCAAAAUAAAACCUAUGAAAUUCUAUAUUCUAUAAAAGAUAUCGAUUUAUAAUUAA